AUAUUAUUACCAAAAACGACGUCGGACAAAUUUUUGCGCCGAGAUGAGUUAUCUUUUGAAGACGUUAACGAAGAAGGAAGAGAUUGAUCGGAUCAUCAGAGACACCAUUGAUGAAGUUCUUGUUUUACGAUUUGGUCGUUGCUCUGACGACGUUUGUCUUCAGCAUGACGAAAUUCUUGCGAAAUCGGUGAGAGAUGUUUCGAAAUUCGCUAAGGUAGCUUUGGUUGAUGUUGAUUCAGAGGAAGUUCAAGUGUAUGUGAAGUAUUUUGACAUUACUUUGUUUCCUUCGACGAUCUUCUUCUUCAAUGCGCAUCACAUGAAAUUGGAUUCUGGAACUGCUGAUCAUACUAAAUGGGUUGGUGCAUUUCACAUAAAACAAGACUUUAUUGAUGUUGUUGAGGCAAUAUAUCGAGGAGCGAUGAAAGGGAAGCUGAUUGUGCAAUGUCCGGUACCGCCGGAGAGGAUACCAAAGUAUCAACUCUUGUACAAGGAUGUGUAGAAACUAAAUUACAAUGCAAAAUCUGUUUCUCAUUCUUUUAUGUUGGCAAUAAUAUUUACAUUGACAU